AUGCUCCGGCGCUGCAACCAGCAAAUUCACGACUUUGUCGUCGAUCCCGAUGGGUUCCUCAGCAUUCCAUUGGCACCCAUGCCGGCCGCCAUGCGCACCCUCGUCGCUCGGAUGGCCAAGCACUACGGUAUCGGGGUCAAGGCGCGAGGCAGCGGCCAACGCAAGCUCACAAUCCUGUGCCGCAACCGAAGCAGUCGUGUGCCCGAAAACUGGAAAACGAUUGCCGACCGCGUAAUCGAGCAGUCUGGCGGCAUCAUGACUGGCAAUGUCCAGACUUUUGGCGGCAAAGGCGGCAAGGGCAAGGGAGUCCGCUCCAAGAAGGACUCUGUCCACACCAAAGCUGCCCAGAGACGAAGCGGCGGUGGCGGGGGUGCUGAUGACUCCACCAAGCCGGCUGCUGGAACUGUUGUCGGUCAGGAUGCUGCUCCCGUCGGAGGAAUCGGCGAAAAGAUGCUGCUGGCGAUGGGCUGGCGACAUGGCCAGUCGCUGGGCACAACGGGCGAAGGCAUCACACAGCCGGUGCAGGCGGUCGUGCGAGCCAAGUUUGCGGGCCUGGGAACGUGA